AUGCGGCCCUUUGCCGUGCCCUCGCGGCUCGCCCUGUCUCGGCCGAUCACACAAAUCAAUUACCAUCACUUCCAUCAUCGACUUCAUUCUGCUCAUCGCCUCUACUGGCCGCCCCACGCCCACCGUGUGCCUACAGCACGCCAUUCGUUCAGCAACAGCUCCUUCGCGGCAGCGCAUAAUUAUCCAACCUCCCGAUUUUCACUGCGGGAUGUCCCCAAAGAGCAGCUGGAAGACCGCACAGGGGCAUGGUGGGACAGGAUUUCGGCCGCCGCCAGAAUCUCCCUCGAUGGAGAUGAAAAAUGGGGAUGGGUCGCGUACCGCUGCGCCUACGCCCCAGAGCUCGAUGCUCGCUGGGAGACUACCAAGCGGCGUAUAUUACAAAAUCUACGUAAGUCGAUUGCUAGGUCUGACGCGCCCUCUAUUGUCAACACUAUGGACUUUAUCUUCGUGGAAGACCCUGCCCUCGAGGGCGCCACGAAUGAUCAGCUAAGAGCGCGCUUCCAGACGUGGGCGCACGCAAACUGUGCAGAGACGUACCAUAAGGGGAUCGACACGACACGAGGCUCACGGUAUGAGUACUUUCUUAAAGUCGACGGCGAUCUGUUGCGUGAAGGCAACGUUGGUCUCGUCCAGGGCUGGCCACUUGAACCGUAUUACGAAGGCCACCCCGAGGAGGAGGAAGAGAUGGACCCCGAGGAUUGGUUCAAGGUCCGGGACGACGAAAUCACGACGAAUCUCUACGACAGCCUGCAUGAUCACGAGCACUAUUAUAUACUGUAUCGAUCGCCGGAGUAUCGGCCGGCUUAUAUUCGCUAG